AUGAUCGAAGUGCAGGAGGCACUGACGAGUAAAUCGGCUCUUGCUCUCACUGCGGCGGCCAACUUUCUAUCCGCAUUCGCCAUUGCCUUCAUCAUGAACCCGCGGCUGGCUUUGAUCCUUUGUAGCAUUCUGGUCGCCAUGAUCUUGGUGACUAUGAGCACCUCGCGCUUUGCGGUCAAAAACUCCAAAAUAUCCAAGAACUUUUACUCUAUCGGCUCCAACGUUGCGUAUGAAGCAAUCUUGAAUAUCAGACACGUCGUGUCUUCCAACAGUCAAAAUCAAUUGGCUGAAAAGUACGACAAGUUCAUUCGUGGCGCGGAGAAAUACGGCAUCAAGUCUCGCGCCUACAUGGCAGUGGCAUUUGGCUGGUCGAGCGGCAUGCCUAACUGGGCGUAUGCGCUAGGAUUUUGGGCUGGCGCAAAGUACUUCUUGAGCAGAGGAGAUUCUGACGUGGCAUCUGUAGUUGCCACGACGAUCACAGUGGUUAACGGUGCUUUUGCCAUGCUUCGUGUCAUUCCUCUUCUAGAAGGUUUCGUGGCCAGUAUGAGCAGUCUCAGUGCCACCUUUAAGAUUAUCCAUAGGCGGUCUGCGAUAGAUCCAUUUGCGAGCACCGGUCUCAUUCCCGAUAGGCUGACAGGGAACAUCGAGCUCGAGAAUGUAGAGGUCGUCUACCCUUCUCGAAGGGAGACCAAGGCAUUAAAGGGCGUUAGUAUUUCCAUACCAGCUAGCAAGACUACUGCCUUGGUUGGUCUUUCUGGGUGUGGUAAAAGUACCAUCCUGGGCCUACUGGAGAGGUUUUACGAGCCUACAGCGGGAUCGAUACGCGUCGACGGUGUUGACCUGGCCGAUCUGAACCUGUAUUGGUGGCGAAAGCAAAUGGCCUAUGUUGGGCAGGAACCGACGUUGUUUAACGCGACAAUCUUCGAAAACAUUCGCCACGGCUUGAUUAGCUCUGAAACAGUGUCCACCAAUGGUGGGGACGACCGAGAGCGUGUGAUUGCAGCUGCGAAAGCGGCAUACGCACAUGACUUCAUCAUGGCACUGCCUCGAGGUUACGAUACCGAACUCCGCGAGAAAGGUCACUCAUUAUCCGGUGGACAGCGUCAGCGCAUAGCCAUCGCUCGUGCGAUUGUCUCAGACCCAAAGAUACUUUUGCUCGAUGAAGCCACAGCUGCCCUUGACACACACUCGGAGAAGGUGAUUCAAAAAGCUUUGGAGUCUGCCUCUCGGACCAGGACGACAAUCGUCAUUGCACAUCGCCUCUCUACAAUACGAAAUGCAGACAACAUCGUCGUGAUGCAGGCUGGAGAGGUCGUCGAGCAAGGGAACCACGAUCAACUGCUCACACAGCGUGGACUUUAUGCAGAACUCAUCCACAAGCAUCAACUGAGAACCAAAACGACAGAACCUCACACUAAUGUCCGAGCUUACAGCGAAAAGACGGAAGAUGAUAGCAGCGACGACCUCGACCUCAACGACGUAGAGCUGCAGGAACUUGUGAAAAACCGUGUAGACUCCACCCGAGCCACGAGCAGCUCAGACAAGCAUCUUGCAAAGCAGAACAGUAUACCAUCAGUCUGGCGUGCUCUAUGGAUGAUCCUACAACUGAACUGGCCAGAGCGAUGGUACCUCUGCGGCGGAAUCAUCACUUCCCUACUAGCCAGCGCCAAUCUAAUCAUACCAGCAAUCUGGUAUGCAAACACGCUGAAUGCAUUCUCCAUCACAAACGUCCACGAAAUGAUGCGAACCACGAAUUUCUGGACAUCGAUAUUUGCGAUUACAGGCAUUUAUGGCUUCAUCGUCGGCAUACUCAACGGUGUCUUCUUCGCAGUUUCGACGGAGCGACUCGCCCGCCGGGUUCGCGAUGCAACGUUGCGAGCCAUUCUUCGUCAGAACAUCGGGUACUUUGACGACAAGGCGCAUGAUCUCAUGCGCAUGGCAUCGAGACUGAGCAGCAGUGCGACUGAUCUGAUGGGCUUGAGUGGGAUUGUCAUUGGCAGUAUUGUUACUUUUUCCUCGACCAUUGCUCUGGCUCUGGGCGUAGGCCUGGGCGUCGCGUGGAAGCUGUCACUCUUCUGUCUUCCGCUCGUGCCCAUUCUUGCGGGAUUGGGUUGGGUCCGGCUCAAGGUCAUCAUGGUGUUCGACGGCAAGAUCCGCCAGGCAGGCGAGGAAGCAGCUGCCUACGCGGGUGAAGUCGUGGGUGCAAUACGGGUUGUCGCCUCUGCCGGCUUGGAGAGGUAUGUGCUCGGCAGAUAUAGCACGAUUCUGGCGGCGCAAGCGGCCCAAUCCCUAGGACCUAUCCUUCGUACCUCUGCACUGUAUGCAGCAUCUCAGGGCAUCAAUUUCCUGGCCUCUGCAUUGGCGUUUUGGUAUGGAAGUUUCUUGCUCGCCCGAGGAGAAUACACUUUGACGCAGUACUACAUAUGCCUUAUUGCUCUAGUCUGGGGCGCUGCAGUAGCCGGCGCGCUGUUCAACUUUGCUCCAAAUAUGAGCAAGGCAGCACUUGCUGCUCAUGAGCUGAAGCAGCUGUUUGAACGGACGCCAGAGAUAGACUCGUGGUCCCAGCGAGGAAAGCGAGUAUCGCGUGAGGACAACGAGGGCCACGUCGCAUUCGAAAAUGUAUCCAUGGCGUACCCUUCCAGUCCACAAACCAUGGUUCUGCGCCAUAUCAACCUCGAAAUCCCCGUGGGAAAGUUUGUUGCCAUUGUAGGUGGCAGCGGCAGUGGGAAAAGCACAGCGCUGUCACUCCUCGAGCGAUUCUACAACCCUACGUCCGGCCGCAUCACAUUGGAUGGCCAGGAUAUCCGCGAUCUCCACCUGAACAGCUACCGCCAGAUGAUCUCACUCGUGAGCCAAGAACCCGCCGUCUUCUCCGGCACAAUCCGCGAAAACCUAAUGAUCGGCCAAGAUACCUUCGAGCACAUCAGCGAAGCGCGACUGCACGCCAGCUGCCGCGCUGCCAACAUCCACAACUUCAUCACUUCCCUCCCCGAGGGCUACGAUACCCAAGUCGGAUCGGGCGGCAGCAUGCUUUCUGGCGGCCAAAAGCAGCGGCUCACCAUUGCUCGCGCCUUCUUGCGCGACAGCCCCAUUCUGCUGCUGGACGAGGCCACGUCGGCGCUGGACAAUAGUAGCGAGAAGCUCGUUCUGACUGCGUUAGAAGCGACGCGUCAAGGGCGCACCACGGUGGCUAUUGCUCACCGGCUGGCGACUGUCCAGCAUGCGGAUAUCAUUUAUGUCUUGGACAAGGGGAGGUUGGUCGAGCAGGGUGAUCAUAACGCCCUGCUACGGAUGCAAGGCGUUUAUUAUUCCUUAGUGAAAUCGCAAGGGCUUUAG